UAGUUCGCUGCACAGCCUUAGGGAAAGUGAGUGACAGUGGGGAAGUGCAGCUGGUGGUACCGCAUCCUCCCAUCGGCCCGGACUGUGACCCGCUGAUAAUCCAGCUAAUAUCAUCUGGAUAAACGAGCAGCAGUCAGACUCCUCCAGACUGUCGGAAGGUGCGGUCACGCCCAGAAACUUCCAGAGCCCGGGCUUUUUGGCGGAAGAAACGCUGAUAAAGAUGAACGAGAGUGAGCUCAGCUCCCCGCUGGCGGAGUACGACUUCGAGCGGCGUUUCGACGAAAGACGUGCGCUGGAAUGGAUGCAGGAAAACUGGAGCAAGUCGUUCAUGUUCUGUGGCCUGUACGCUGCGUUCGUGUUCGGCGGUCAGCACUUCAUGAGGGAAAGGCCGAAGCUGAACCUGCGACGCCCGCUGGUGCUGUGGUCACUCUGCCUGGCCAUCUUCAGCAUCAUAGGAGCACUCAGGACUGGACUGUACAUGCUGCACGUCCUCACAACCAGCGGCUUCAGACAGUCUGUGUGCGACACCAGCUUCUACAGCGCCCCCGUCACCAAGUUCUGGGCCUACGCCUUCGUUCUCAGCAAGGCCCCCGAGCUGGGUGACACGGUCUUCAUCGUCCUCCGGAAGCAGCGCCUCAUCUUCCUGCACUGGUACCACCACAUCACCGUGCUGCUGUACUCCUGGUACUCCUACAAGGACCAGGUGGCGGGCGGCGGCUGGUUCAUGACCAUGAACUACGUGGUUCAUUCGUUCAUGUACACGUACUACGCGGCGCGGGCGGCCGGCCUGCGGGUGCCCCGUCCCUGCGCCAUGAUCAUCACCACCACGCAGAUCCUGCAGAUGGCGAUGGGUCUGACCGUCCUGGGCCUGGUGUACCACUGGAUGCACGAGGUCCGCUGUCCGUCCAACUUGGACAACAUCACGUGGGGCUCUCUCAUGUACCUCAGCUACUUGGUCCUUUUUGCCUUGUUCUUCUACAACAGCUACCUCAAAGGCUCCUCCGGGGACAAGGGAGCCAAGGCAGAGUAGCACGUCUGUUGAAUCGUGCCAUAAGCAGAAACGAUCGACAGCGAAGGGGCCACGAAUGUGUGAGUCGCAGCCGGUUAACUGGUCGCUCCGUCCUCCUCUUUUUGUGACAUUUUCACCCGACUUUUUCAUUUCAUCUACGGAUUUAGAGCAGACGGAAGCAGCAGGAGGUCAGUUUGGACCGAGUUUGAUAUGAUCCCACCAUAAAAGAGGAGGAUGGAGGAAGACCACGUUUGCGUUUGACUAACAAACUACUCACUUCAUUCAAAUUAUUGCCUUGGUUACGUAGAUUCUCGACCCAGUAUCAAAAAACAGCCAUAUGAGGGACCACGUGUUUGUCAGAUGUUUGUGUUCAUGUGUCAUAAUGAAGAAGUGAAUUCCUGAUGCGUAGGUUGAAGGAGAGUGGAGCUGCUGCGUUUACUGUUCACUGAAAUUCUGCAUUUUAAUUUAAAGGAUUUUUUUUAUGUGAAUGCUUGAGCACAUUUAGAUAUGAAAAUAACUGAGUUUGUAAAUUCACCAAAAAUGUUGGAUUUAAAUGAUUUUAAUGUAACCAGAACGACUUUCCCCGCAGCCCACUAGAUGGCGCUUUGAGUCCCAUUGGUUGUGAAUGGCUGCUUAAACCUCUGGACUAGAAAAAAAAAAGUACUUAUGAAUGUUAAAUUGUUAAAGGAAUAGUUCAACACGUUGGGAAAUGCAGUUUCUUUCCGUCUUUGAGUGAGAUGAGGUGAUGUGGGGGCAUCUCACCAGUUUGUCUUAAAGUGCACUACGACACCUCUACAGUAGAUGUAUUGUCAUCAUUUAUUUGGCCUGUAAGACAAACAAAUGAAAAACAACCAUUCGUGAGUUUAGGGGAAGUUAUGAUGCCGGAACUACUUCUCGACAAAGAACUGUUUAUCCAUCCGCCCAGCACUUCCUGCUGGCCUCGUCUCUGGCUAUGAGACGGGCUGCCAGGUUCAGCAGGUGCACUGGUUUUUGAGGUCUGUGCAGAGACGCUGGUACCAAGCGAGUCAACCUUUCUGCAUCAACACUUCAGAAAUUAAAGUAGCUCACGAUUUGUUGUUUUUUUUAAACAUUUCUCUUUAUGUACAAAUGAAACAAAGGAGAUACGGCGUGUUAAUCGGGAGCUUCAGGUGUGCAUUUUCACUUCGGACAGAACCGGGCCAGCUGUUUCCCCCUGUUUGCAGGCUGUAUGCUAAGCUAAGCUAACCACGUCCAGACUGCAGGUCUGUAAUAAGCCUACAGACAUGAAACUGACACGCACCUUCUCAUUUCACUCUGUGUCUUUCCCAAAAUGUUGAACUACUCCUUUAAAAAGUGUCUGUUUCAUCCCGAGCCACAACUGUGACCUACAGGACAGAACGUUUAGGAUAAGCAAAAGGGAAUGAAAACCUUACAAUGCACUGAAUCAACACACACACACACACACACACACACACACUCUCUCCACAUGUAGCUGUCACCUGGGCGUUCAGGUGUGUGGUCGCCUCACAGAUCACUUCAUCGCAGUGACAUAAGCUCAUCGGGUGUUAUUACAAAACUAGCAGCACUGAUGAUCGGCCUUGACUUUGUUCAUGUCUGCUCUUCCAACACAAGCACUUUGUGAGACGAUAACACGACGAACGCGUCGUCCAGCAGACAGGUUGUGUAACACGGGGACUGAAGUCCUCCCGUCCCCGUCCCCUCUUGUGCAACCAUGUUUACACCUGCCGCAUGUUUUGCCUUCCUCACCUGACACGAAGCCCAUCAGCAGCCUCCCUUCACGGCUCUCUGAUACGGUUAUCAAUAAUCAAGAGAACCAACUGAUACUGUAACUGACACACUCACGGUAAAAACGAAAAUCUCAGCGUUUCAGUUUAGAACAACCAGUGAUGGAAUGUAGAGCAACCACGUACAAUUUACUCGACUGCUAUACUUAAACACAUACUUAGUAUUCAAGUAUAUACAUAAGUACUUGUACUUUUCUACCACUUCAUACUUCCAGUCUGCUACAUCUUGAAGGCAAAUACUGUACUUUUUACAACACUACUUUAAUUCCUAUUUACUGUGAACAUUGUUCAUUCAAAACUUAAAUACUGUUGUAUGUUACCACUAUGAUGGACAGUUUUAGAUUAAUUUAUUUUAUCAGCAGUCAAAAAGAUGCUGAAUAUCAAAUCCGUUGACCAGUUUAUUCCAGUGGACAUUUUUCAAUUAAAAAAUAUGCAGCUUCCCUUAAUUUUGGACCUUUGUUAUUCCCGUAUCUUUGUGCAAAAAAGUGGGAAAGCUAGAUGGAUAUUAAAUAAUCAACAAAACAAAAUAUUAGCGAUCAAAACGACGACAGCAUCAGACCUGUCGUUAAUUUUGAUGCGUUUGCCCUGAAAUGUUUGGCUGAAAGUGUGAAUCUGAUAAAUCUGAACUGCUUGGUUAACCAUAAAGACCACACACACGCUCCUCAGCUGUUUGACUUUCGCCCGAGACAAAGUUUCACUGAUUGUGUCUCGUCUGAGGCUCUCCAGGACCAGUUAUCUAAUCAUCAUUCAUCUGCAGCGACGUCUCAGCCCUGAUCAGACGUCACAAAGCCAGUGAUUCUCCUAUCGCGCUCACUAACUGAAGUUAGUGAAAGUGAUAACUGAAUUGAUCCCAUUGUGUUUGCCUUUAAAAGAAAAGUGCUGCCCUGUUGCUCAAGCAAGCAAAGAAUCUGUGAAGAUCUGACAAGGUCACCUGGGGCUCAGAUUGUGAGGUCUGAGUGUCGGUGGUUGUCAGUUUUGAGAGGCUAAAAUUGGAGAAAAGUCUGAAAAAAUAAACCUCUUAAUCUCACAAA